GCUAUAGCUGGUGGAAGGGGGGAGGGAGGACAGCUGCUCGCCAGGGCCCAGGGUCGUGACGACACGGGAGCGAGGAAUCGAGAGUAGAAUCGGGAACGAGGAAGAGACACAGAGAGGGAGAGAUCGACAGGAAGCUUCCGUGACGUAUGGCCGUCGAUGGUGCUGGUGCUGGGGCUGGGGGUCGUUGAAUGAACAUUGGAGGAGCAUGGCUUGCGACCCGGUGGUGGGGGUACAGAUUGAGAGUGGGAUUCAGUGAGAUUGUGGCAGGUAGGAGUGGCGGGAUGCGGUGGUGUUGAGAGGGGCAGCGAGCGUGCAUGAAUUAGACGACGAAGUAGGAUGAUGUUACAGCAGCAGCAGCAAAGGAGAGACGGGGGAGGAAGACUAGCGACAGGAGAAAGCAGCUGAGCCUGUCCGUUUUGGAAUUAUGCAAUGCUGACCCGUUGGGCACCCUCCGCAAGAUCUGGGUGGGGCGUUAAGCUCUGCUGGGCGGGAGUCCAUGUAUUUUGUGUUGGACUUCUUCUCUUGUUGGAAUCCGAUCUGCGUCGCCAAACCUUUAAAUUUUCCUGGUAUGCAGGGAUAUACUAUGUGGUGUUUAUACUUACUGUUGUGCAAUAUUACUACACGGCCGGUUCCUCUCCAGGGUAUGUAAUAGAUGUCAUGCAAGGGAAUGCAGAUUUUGAAGCAAAUACAAAAUCAGCUUUAGAUGGGAGCAACGGCAAUAAUCCAUGGCUACGGCGUUCUGCAUCUUCAAGCUACCAAAAUUCAAAUGGAAAUAUCAAUGGUGGUAGCAGCACUAGUGAUAAUAUACCCACUAUCUCAGAGACCACCCCGUUGUUACCUAGCUCUAGUGAGGUGGUACCUACACUCGCGCCCCCGGUACCGGUUUCGACCCCUAACAUAUGCACCGGGACUUUGUUCAGUCAACCAAGUUUUCCUACCGACAGCAGCUCUCGAUGCCCCUAUUGUCGAGUAUUCCAGCCCCUUCGAACGAAACACUGUUAUGACUGUGACAAGUGCGUGUUGCGGUUUGACCAUCAUUGCAUCUGGCUAGGCACGUGUGUGGGUCAAUACAACCACAGGAGAUUCUGGUGGUAUCUUUUCUUUGAGACAGUACUCACAUUCUGGACUACUAUUUUAUACGGCUCUGCCUUCAGCAAAAAUGGUGGGAGUAAUUGGUUGUUACACGACUCUGUGGUGCUGGCGAAUCUUUUGGGUCUUAUUGCCUGCCUUCUAUUUCUUGUUACUUUACUCAUUUUUCAUACUUAUUUGGCAGUGACCGACCAGACCACGUAUGAGAAGACUAGACGGCGUCGCAUCAACUAUCUAAAGACUCUUCCUCCGAACUAUAAUCCCUUCAACAAGGGUUGUUUUAAGAAUACCUACUCCUUUUGUUGCACCCAAGAUAGUACUUAUCCUAUAUAUACGAUUCCUAGUGCAGAUGAUAUCGAAGCUGCUAGAAGUAGGAGGUCGUCAUGCUUCGGAACGUCAUCGACUCUUAGUUAGAUAUCGAACAAUAUUAUUCGUUGUUGUGUAAGGAUUUUGCGGGGUGGGAUUCAACAGCUACAUAUAGAUGCGGGAUUGAGAUGAUUUGAUGUUGGUCCAUGGCCGGUGAAAUGAUUCAGUUAAAAGCUGGUCCAGUGUACAUACUGGCUCUUAACUGCAAUCUGCCAAUGAACAUAGAGAAACGGGAUGGUGUAGAGAUGUACACUUAAAUACAGAGAGUAAUAUGGCCGAGAUGCCCUUGGGUGAAGAUGCUCUUAGCAUGCAGGUUUACAAUCCCGUCCACUCAUUACUCGGUAGGAGGAUAAACUGAAGGUCUUUCAAACAAUAAUACCGUGGGAGCAGUUUUUUAGGUGGUAGUUAUAAGUUACUGUCGGUUUGUGUGGGCGGAGGGGGAGCAUCGGGAGGUGAAUGAAGAUUAUGUGUCAAAUACAUUUCAAGGAGGCCCUUUACUCUUUGAGAUGAACUUGCUCAAUACACAUGUGGAUGGUCACAUUUAGUGCGCAGUCAUGUUCUCAAUCGGUUGAACGAUAUUUUUAGAAAAUUUCAAUUUCAAUUUCAAUUGUUUUGGUUGGAUCUGGCCUCUAGUU